CUGUCCACUCCUGGUCAGAACUCUCGGCAGCCGCUCUGCGCUGCUGAUCCAAGGGGCAAUCGGCCGCUACGACAAGGUUCAGUCCUGCUGAGCUCCAGCUCCGGUUUUCUCCUUCGCCCAAACUUCGAGUUGGAGGAAAGUAAAAAAAAAGUCUCCGCAGACCUCGGCGAGCCAAUCGCAGGGGAUUUAGCACGUGCAUUGGAGAAUGGAGAGGAAGGCAAUUACAGCCCAAUACAAAUGUCAUUAGUAGCUCGAUCAGAUCAAGAGCGAUCACUGUACAAGUGGGAGAACCGCAGCCUGCGGCAAGCCCGGAGCCAGGCUCGAACCAUGACAACUCAGUACAAGGAGGAGAUCUGCGCGAGACCCGAGUGCAAAAGUAAAUCCCCAACUUUGCUUUCUUCUUACUGCAUCGACAGUAUACUGGGCAGGAGAAGCCCCUGCAAGAUUAGGUGUAUCGGAGCACAAGCAUUGCCGCUUGUCACAGCCAGAAAUGACCCGGACCCAGCGAGUGGAGGCUCGCCCAAGGAAAACAUGUCGUUUGAAGCCGAGCUCCAUCUCCCUCCGAAAUUCCGAAGACUAUACGGCCACGGAGGAAAAAUCCUGGACUCCCGAGGAUUUAACGAGAUCGGUAAUGAGAAACUGGAGAGAGAGCGGUCCUCGGAACCAUUCCGAAACACAGACCUGAAGAUUAGCCAGGCUCCACAAGUCAGCAUCAGUCGCAGCAAGUCCUACAAGGUGAACUUCAGUUUGGCCAAAGCUCAAGGGGACAACGCGCCCAACCUGCCCGACUCCCCGUGGUUGGAGUCGGCGGAAGGGGCCGAGGGCGCCGCGAAAGAGGACGCGGUGGAAGGUGACCUGUCCCCGAAGCUAGUGGAGGAAGCUCAGACAGACGUGGACGUGAAGGACUGCGAGGACAGCUUGUGUUUGUCGGCCGGCAGUGACUCUGAGGAAGGAAUGCUAAAGAGAAAGCAGCGGCGGUAUAGGACUACAUUCACCAGCUACCAGCUGGAAGAACUAGAGCGGGCUUUUCAGAAAACGCACUACCCUGAUGUCUUCACCAGGGAGGAACUGGCAAUGCGGCUCGAUUUGACGGAAGCCCGGGUGCAAGUUUGGUUUCAGAACCGCAGAGCCAAAUGGCGAAAGCGAGAGAAAGCCGGAGCGCAGAACCAUCCCGGAGGCCUGCAGUUCCCCAGUCCCCUGGGAGCCGGCCACCCGUUGGGACCUUACCUUGACACCAGUCCCUUCGGACACCACCCGAGCCUCGAGUCCGCCUGGUCAGCCGCCGCUGCUGCAGCCGCCGCCGCCGCCGCCUUCCCCGGCCUCCCACCCCCACCUGGCGCGGCGGCUCUCUCUCCCGGUGGAGCCCCGUUGGGCCUCGGCACCUUCCUGGGAGCGGCGAUGUUCAGGCAUCCUUUCAUCGCCCCGCACUUCGGCAGGCUCUUCUCGACAGUAGGCCCGUUGACAGGUUCCUCUGGCCCCGCACUGCUGAGACAGGCGGCUCCGGGUGUGGAUGGGGCAGUACAAGCCGGCGCCCUGUCCGACCCCGCGGUGGCAGCAGCGGACAGACGAGCGUCCAGUAUCGCAGCACUCAGACUCAAAGCCAAGGAGCAUGCAGCCCAACUCACGCAGCUCAACAUCCUCCCCGCGCCUUCCACCAGCAAGGAAGUGUGCUGAACACCCACCCAACCGCGGAGCUCCACACAGCUUGUUUGUUGACCCAAGACCAAAUUCACAAACUGGACCAUUUAUUCCGCGUUGGAUUGAAUUACCAGACUUGCAUGUUCCUAGAGUCAGUAUCUCUCUCAUCGCAUCAACAGGCCACAUUUAAAAUCAACACACUUUGACAUUCUUCUCGUAAUAUAGAUUUGUGACGUUCCUACCAUUCGUGUACAUCCUCUGGAAGAGGAUCGAGAGGGUGUGGAGUCUAUUUAGGGGUAUAGCUGAUCCUAUCACUCACACUUGCUUUCAAACUGCAGGGGUGGAUGUAAUCGGGCCCGUUUUGCAAAGAGAAAGACAUGUAUUCAGCACACGCGCAUGUAGAUUUGACAAAUGAUAGCUUUCCUGUUUCUAGUCUUGUCGGGGCCGUUGUAAGGGAUGCUGUCCCCGAUUGAGACGUGUUUGACUUUGGGCGGCGGCGGACAUGUGCAGAAACGCUUCGGUUACGCCUGAGAUUUUUUUUUAAAGAAACUAUUAUACGUCAGUGUAGCCAACCAGAGGUUCGCUACUAAACCAAAGGGACAAAAUACUGCCAAUCCGAGUGGACUGCUUAUGUCACUAAACUGUGAUCGAUUUCUGUACAUAAUGGUCGCUCUUCAGAAUUUCCAAGGAAAAUAAUUGUACAUUUUUUUUUAAAAAACGAAAAAUUGCACUCCGUGUGUUGUGAAAGUUUAUUCUCUAGAAUUACCGAGCAGAUCUUAUUACAGUGUUGUGGAUGCAUUAGUUUCCUAGAAUAAUUAUUUAUGGACAAACAUUUUAUUUAACUUAUUAACUAUAGAGGUUUCGAAAUCCUUAUAAAAAAAAAACAAGUGGCUACAUUAAGUGUAUUGUUGUAACUUCUUGCUAUGGGCUAGAAGAGCGGGAACGCUCUGAAAUAAAAUGUUAUGCCUAACAAG